GAAGAUGGCAGCUUCCAGGCAGGCAUGAGAGGGAAUACUUCUUCACAAAUCGAAUGAAUUUGGGCUAGUGAUUCAUGAGUAGACACCCAAAUCGUCUUAUUGGAAAUAGUACAUCGAAAGAAAGGACAUGACUGGUUCCAUGGUGUCUGGGACCACUGGUUCAACUUUACAGCCACGAUGGAAGCGGGUACUGGGAUGGUCUGGCCCUGUCCCUCGGCCCAGACAUGGUCACAGAGCCGUUGCUAUAAAGGAAUUGAUGGUUGUUUUUGGAGGAGGAAAUGAAGGAAUUGUGGAUGAGUUGCAUGUCUACAACACAGCAACAAACCAAUGGUUUAUCCCUGCGGUUCGUGGUGAUAUUCCCCCUGGAUGUGCUGCAUAUGGUUUUGUUUGUGAUGGCACCCGGCUUCUGGUGUUUGGUGGAAUGGUGGAAUAUGGAAAAUACAGCAAUGAUCUCUAUGAGCUACAGGCCAGUAGAUGGGAAUGGAAAAAGUUGAAAGCUAAGACUCCCAAAAACGGCCCACCUCCAUGUCCUCGACUUGGUCACAGUUUCUCGCUGGUGGGUAACAAGUGCUACUUGUUUGGAGGACUGGCUAAUGACAGCGAGGACCCCAAAAACAACAUCCCCAGAUACCUAAAUGAUCUGUACACCCUGGAGCUUCGUGCUGGCUCCAGUGUUGUGGGCUGGGAUAUACCAAUUACUUAUGGUGUUUUGCCGCCUCCUCGCGAGAGCCACACUGCCGUAGUGUACACAGAAAAGGACAGCAAGAAAUCUCGCCUGAUCAUCUAUGGAGGGAUGAGUGGCUGUCGUCUGGGAGAUCUAUGGACCCUUGACAUCGACACCCUGACCUGGACUAAGCCAUCAGUGAAUGGCACAGCACCUCUGCCCAGGAGUCUUCACUCUGCCACCACCAUCACAAACAAGAUGUUUGUGUUUGGGGGAUGGGUUCCCCUGGUUAUGGAUGAUGUGAAGGUGGCCACACAUGAGAAGGAAUGGAAGUGCACAAACACACUGGCCUGCCUAAAUCUCGACUCCAUGGCCUGGGAAUCAGUGGUGAUGGAUACUCUGGAGGACAAUAUCCCAAGGGCCCGGGCAGGACAUUGCUCUGUGGCCAUCAACUCUAGAUUGUAUGUCUGGAGUGGCCGUGACGGUUACCGUAAAGCAUGGAACAACCAAGUCUGCUGUAAAGACCUCUGGUACCUUGAAACAGAGAGGCCACACGCUCCCUCGAGAGUGCAGCUAGUCCGUGCCAACACCAACUCCCUGGAGGUAAGCUGGGGCGCUGUGUCCACCGCAGACACCUAUCUGCUGCAGCUACAAAAGUACGACAUUCCAGCUGCCACUGCUGUGACCUCGCAGGCCCUCAAUGCCGCCACCUCUCUGCAAGGGAACUUGCCUAAGAGCCCAGCCACAGCUGCUCCCUCUGCUCAGAACCUACCACACACAGCUAUCUUGAAGGUUGCAGCGCCUCCGUCUGGCACGGGUACCUCCCUUGUCACUGUGCGACCCAACCAGGCUGGGAAAUCCCCUGUCACUGUGACAUCACUUCUUCCAGGAGUUCGCAUGGUUGUUCCUGCUCAGACCGCCCAAGGAACACCAGUUGGCAGCAGCCCUCAGAUGAGUGGCAUGGCAGCUUUGGCUGCAGCUGCAGCAGCCACACAAAAGAUCCCACCCUCUUCAAGCACUGUACUCAACAUUCCAGCAGGUGCCACCCUUGUCAAAACCAUGGCUGUCUCCCCUGGCUCCACCACAGUCAAAAUGGCAUCUCCUCUCAUGGUUAGUAACCCAGCCACUCGCAUGCUGAAGACAGCUGCAGCUCAGUUGGGCAUAGCGACCGUAUCGUCACCCAACUCGCCCAACAGACCCAUCAUCACUGUGCACAAGUCGGGCACGGUUACCGUAGCCCAGCAACACCAGGUGGUUACCACCAUGGUGGGAGGAGUCACCAAGACCAUCACCCUGGUCAAGAGCCCCCUCACAAUGGGAGGCAGCGGCACUUUGCAGAUCUCCAACCUUGGCAAGAUGAUGUCUGUGGUACAAACCAAGCCAGUGCAGACAUCGGCUGUUACAGGCCAGGCUUCCACUAACCCUCUCACACAGCUCAUACAGACCAAGGGUUCUCUCCCUGCCGGCACCAUACUGAAGCUGGUGACCUCAGCGGACGGCAAGCCCACCACCAUCAUCACCACAUCCCAGGCGGGAGGAACAGGGAACAAACCGACCAUCCUGAACAUCAGCGGCAUGUCGCCCACCACAACCAAACAGGGCACCACCAUCAUCAAGACCAUCCCUAUGUCUGCUAUUAUGACCCAGCCUGGAGCAACAGUGACCAGCAGCACAGGGAAGACGCCCUAUACCAUCAUCACCACCAAGAUGAUGACCACUGGCACUCCAGGCAAAAUCAUCACUACCAUGCCCAAGCUUGGCACUGCAACUGGCCAGCAAGGGCUGACACAGGUGGUUUUGAAGGGAGCUCCGGGCCAACCUGGCACCAUUCUGCGCACUGUACCCAUGGGUGGAGUCCGACUCGUCACCCCGGUCACGAUGUCUUCUGUCAAGCCCAAUAUAACUACACUGGUCGUCAAGGGAACAACUGGUGUCACCACCCUGGGGACUGUCACAGGGACAGUCUCCUCCAGUCUGGCAGGGAGCAUUGUAGCCAGUGCCAAUGCUUCUCUGGCAACUCCAAUCACCACCCUGGGAACCAUCGCCACCCUGUCCAGUCAAGUUAUCAACCCCACUGCCAUCACUGUGUCAGCAGCCCAGACCAGUCUGACCACAGCUACUACCCUUUCCACUUCCACCAUGUCGGCAAACCAGCCAACCCAGGUGACUCUCAUCACCACCCCCAGCGGGGUUGAGGCCCAGCCAGUGCAGGACCUGCCUGUGUCCUUCCUGGCCUCCCCCACCUCUGAGCAGCCCUCUUCCACUGAGGUUGGGGAUGCCCCUGGCACUGUCACCAUGGUCUGCUCCAACCCCCCCUGUGAGACCCACGAAACAGGAACCACCAACACCGCAACCACAGCCUCCUCCGAUAUAGGUGGGGUGCAGAGGGUCUGCUCCAACCCCCCUUGUGAGACCCACGAGACGGGCACCACCAACACUGCAACGACUGCCUCCACUGACAUGGGCGGGGCAAUGAGGACGUCCAACUCUUCUUCCUCCGGAACCGCCACAGGCAACCAGGGACCAGAGAACCUGAGCACCGGCACCACAUUCACCCCCACCACGGCAUGCUCCAACAUGGGCUCAGCCCAGACCGGAACUGUGCAGAGUCCCAAGCCAGCCGUGGGCUCUACGGUGUGCUUAAACCCACCCUGCGAGACCCACGAAACUGGGACCACCAACACCCCGUCCCAGGCCAGCUCAAACAUGGCCGGGAACCAGACAGGGACGGUGCAGAGGGUGUGUUCCAACCCCCCCUGUGAAACCCACGAGACUGGCACCACCAACACGGCAACAACUGCCACAGCAGAUGGAGCAGACAGUGCCACCAGCAGUACAGAGACUCCUUCCACCACUGCAUCAGAAACAACCCCAGCCACCAUCCAGAGCAGAGCCAUCACUACUGUGACCCAGUCCACACCAGCCCCGGGGCCCUCAGUACCUUCCAUUUUGUCGAUCACUGAGGGUGCAGCAGGUUCCACAGAAGAGCCCAUGCAGACAGACGCGGCCACGGAGGGGGGAGAGACAGCUAUGGAGACUGGGCUGUCCCCAGAGCUGGCAGAGGGACAGAUGGGGACAGGUUUGUCUGCAGAGGAGCUAGCUGUGACCGCAGCGGUGGAGGCAGCGGCGCAGGCUGCAGCCACAGAGGAGGCCCAGGCCCUGGCCAUUCAGGCAGUCCUCCAGGCAGCACAGCAGGCAGUCAUGAACGAGGGUGAUUCUGGCUCGACCGGACAGCAGGCCAUCACAAUCCCCAUCGUCCUGACCCAGCAGGAGUUGGCAGCCUUGGUCCAGCAGCAGCACCAACUCCAGGAAGCCCAGGCUCAGGCCCAGGCCCAGGCUCAGGCCCAGCAGCAAGGAAACGCCCAGGCCCUACCCACUGAGGGCCUUGCCCCCGCAGACAGCCUCAACGACCCUGCGUCUGAGAGCAACGGGCACCCCAAGAUGGCUGCAGCUGUCUCCAGCGCUGUGGCAUCACUGCUGCCGCGCACAUCCACUGAGACCCUGGCCCCCUCAAGCACAUUGGCUGUUGCCAGUCCAGCCAAGCUGCAAGCUGCUGUAGCAGAGGUGGCCAAUGGCAUUGAGGGUGGGAAGCUAAACCCUCAACCAGCCCCUAUCAAGACUCUUGUCAAAAAAGAGAACCAGUGGUUUGACGUUGGCAUCGUCAAGGUGACAAACAUGGUGGUUACGCACUUCUUCAUCCCAGAGGACGAUUCUCAAGUAGAGGAUGACUCGGGCGCCAUCCCAGACUAUAACCAGAUGAAGAAAAUGGAGCUGCAGCCUGGCACAGCUUACAAGUUCCGUGUCGCUGGCAUCAACGCUUGUGGUCGUGGUUCCUUCUCAGAGAUAUCUGCUUUUAAGACUUGUUUACCAGGCUUCCCUGGAGCACCUUGUGCCAUCAAAAUCAGCAAGAGCCCAGAUGGUGCCCACCUCACCUGGGAGCCUCCCUCGGUGACAUCAGGGAAGAUCAUUGAGUACUCUGUGUACCUGGCCAUCCAGAGCACCCAGACAGCUGAGCCCAAGGCCUCCACCCCAGCCCAGCUGGCCUUCAUGCGGGUGUACUGUGGGCCCAACCCCUCCUGCUUGGUGCAGUCCUCCAGCCUCUCCAAUGCCCACAUAGACUACACCACCAAGCCCGCCAUCAUUUUCCGCAUAGCUGCGCGCAACGAGAAGGGCUACGGCCCUGCCACACAAGUCCGAUGGCUGCAAGAGUCCAGCAAAGAUGGAGCCUCGGCAAAACCUGCCCCAAAAAGACCAGUUUCCUCGCCUGAUGCUAAGGUUGCUGGUCAAAAGAAAGCAAGAACGGACCAGUGAGAUCACACAGAUGACACCCCCCGCUGUCCUUUUUGACCAGGAAGACUGAUCCCUCCAUCCUCAUCCUGACUUCACCCCAUCCUCAAGUUAACCUACAUCCAGCCAGCAACAUAAACAAAAUGGCAGCAGAAACCCUAGAUGGAAGUCAAUAAGAGAUAUGGUUCUGUAGGCAAGACCCCUUUUUCUAUUUGUCCCACUAUUUCUAGAGCAAUACAAAUUUAAAAAAGCACAUUAUAGCUUUUACUUCAUAAAUUUUUCCCCCCCUAGCUACUUUUAUUCUACAUCUUUUUGGCUACUUUCAGUAGUUGAGCAAUUGUAGAGAAACAUUAACAGCUUCGCAAGCUGUGAGCCUGCCUGAGCUUAAUGUUAUUUUUUUUGGUGGGGGAAGUGUAUAGAGACUACAUGAUCUGAUGUACAGUUUGAGGAUGUGCUGAACAGGAGGCAGUGGUGGUGUUUGUUCCUCCCAUCUAAACUAUCAAAAUGGGAAAACAAACAAAAGGGGUUAUUUUUCCCUCAAGGAGAAAUGUGCUUAAUUUAAGAAACCAAUCGAUUCAGAUAUCAUACUGGACUCCAGUCUCCUCGUAAUCUCAUCAGUGUGCUUUUCCCCUGAGAUGAGAACUGAGGGCUGAUGCUAUGAAGAGGACAACGAAUCGAAUGACGAAGGAAAACAUUUGUAGUGAGAGACCGACUUUUCUAGGACUGAAACUUGCAGCACACACACAUCUUGCAAACAUCUUCCCCAGAAAUUAGCAAACACUGAUGCAGAAGAUAUUUGUGUAGUUUAUUUUUGUAUUUUCUUAAGCUUUUCCUUGUCACUGUGCAUUUUUAAAACGUCAACUACUUUUUUUGUUUUGUUUACUAUUGUUCGUCUCCAUUGUUUUCAAGUGUUGGUGGGAAGACGGGUGGCAGUGCUGAAGUAGCCACUAUAUUUUUAAAUCCUGGUUCGAUCAGUUGUAUGCUGUAUCAGAGGGUAUGAAAAAUAAAGACUUUUGUAUUUGUUCUGACUAGGACCCCAGAUGUAAUAGGACUGAAGGGAAUUUGAAACAGACCCAGGGAGAGGAGUGCUUUUACUUUGUUUACUACAUCUUUCAAUGCUUGUAUCACUGUGUGUAUGCCAAACAUGGAAAAAUAAUGAAGAAAAAUCUGAGCAGUUCUCAUAUUCCUUCCCUCUUUCCCCGCACAUUUAUUUUAGAACAGGUGUCCCUAACUGGCGGCCCACGUUUAGCCCCCCCCCCCCGCCAAAAAAAAGAGUAUAUUUUUGUUGUUGGACAUAAUGCUGUAAAAACAUCAGGAAAUCAGCUCUAAGUGACUUUUAAUUUAGGGAAUCUGUUCCAAAGUAUUUCCAUGCAUAAUAGAGACGUGAUUGUAUACACAUGUAAGCAAGGUUUGAAAUUAUUGUUUUAGUCAUAUCUGGUUGGGCUUCUAUCGGUCAAUUUGCAGUCUACACAUUUUUUUGUAAUUAUAUUCCGGCCUCCCGACCAUCCACUCAAGAAAAAGUCAGCCUGCGGCUUAAUCGAGUUGGUGAUCCCUGUGUUAGACAGAAAAAUGAUAGCGGUAGAUUUUCUUUCCUUAUACUGUUAAGGAACCACCAAAUCCAAUUAAAAUUUCUUUUUUAGGCUCUUAUUUUAACAACUAUAGAGGUGAGGUGUGCAAGUUAAUUGUGAAAAGUAUACCUUUAAAUUGGGAUGUCUUGGUGGGAAGGAAGAAGCAUAGCCAGAGUUUGGACUCGCUUGUUAAUUAGUUCUUCCAGAGCAAGAAUAAAAUAACAUCUGGGCAUUUUUUUAUAAUUACCUGUACCAAAAUGUUUUUACAUGUUGGUCAUCUCUCAAUUGCCUUUUGUGUCUUGACUUGUAAAAAAAAAAAACUCCCUGAUUCAAUUGCUAUGACUUGCAUUUAUUAAACAGAUUUGCAAGUCUGAAACACAGCAAGGUUCAUUACUGAAACAUUUGUCUUCAGGAUAAAUCACAGAGUUUAUAAAGAGGGAAAUCUUGGAGUGGACAUGACUGUAUUCAGUAGUUGGUGAAAUAAAGAGUUUUCAGAAUGGAAAUGACCAGAGAAGAAGUGAAGUCAAGGGAGAAUGUGUUACCUCUUGAGAUUGUAGUACUUGCACCUUGGUUUAAUUUCUUCUCUGGGCAUCACCUUAGUCUCCAGAUAAUCCUGAUUUAUUUCUAUAGUGAAACCCCUGUUUCAUAUACAUCCAUGAUUUUGUACGUGUCAGUGUCUGUUGAGCAAAACUAGAGAUGCAUGCAACCAGUGUAUUUUAGUAGUAAUGCCUUAAAUUUGACCAUAAGCUGAAGGAUCUAAAAAAAACUAAAAAACAUUUAAUGAGUUUGUUCCUUUCCAUGUGGUAUACAAAUGUGUCCUUUUCUUCCACCAUACCUUCACCGGGUCACUAUUUUUGCACAGUGCCGAGGUCUAUCAGAACUUUACCUCCCACACUGGGGCAGGUGCUGGUCUUAGCACUGACACUUGUGUAUUUCUUCCGGCUGUUUGCAGGUUAUCUGGAAUUGUCCUGUAUUUUCCGAUGUGUGUUUUUUGUACUGUAGGGAGUAAUGUAUCUUUUAACAUCAAAAUAAACAUGUUAAACAUCA